AAUGGGACUCGCGAUGGGGCUGGAGUCGUCUGAGUCAUUGGCCUGGCGGUCCGUGAAGAAGAGGAUUUGCGCACACAAACCGCGAUGGUGGGGCUUCUCGCCGUCGAGGCUACUUGACAGUCCAGCGCGCGAUCCAGCGAAUGGCCCAUCCAUAUCCAACGCUUCGAGGGGGACGUGCGGGGAAUCGCCAUUCUCCAACUAUUGCUCAAGGCGCCACCAUGUCCCCCAACAACGCGUUCUUGGCUGUGUGCGGCGGUGUGGCCAAGACCGGGUCCAGCGCCAAGCGCCGCCUUCUCGCCACGUGGAGCAACCCGUUUGGCCUGUCAUCGUCGCGCCAAAAGUGCCAUCCCGCGCCACCGCCGCUGCCGGCGUGCUGCGAGAAGCGCCUCCACACGACGACGGCCUCGGGGGACGAUCACCCUAAAUCCCUUGUCGUUUACAAGCACGUGAAUCGACGACACAUGCGCAACCAAAACGCAAUCGUCGGCGGCCACCGCGUUCCAUUCUUCCCUGCACACAACGCCCACCAUCGAGUCGCACGCAGCAAGGGAAAUGUGCUGCCCCGAAUCGACGAAGACAUGGGCCAUAGUUUAUGCAGCGUAUGCCACAGCCACCACUUGCAAGAAACCCCCGCCGUCGUCAGCAUCACAUUGUACUAAAACGUGGACGACCGAAGUCCACCCAGCCGCGAGCGCCUUCGUAUGCAGCACUUAUUUAAUUCGAAACCAUGCUGACCUUUCUUCACGA